UCUAAAACCAAAAAAGCAAAUACAAAAAGUAGCCGUUGCUCCUCUUUUUAUCGAUUCAAUUCAUCAAAACCCUAGCCCCAUUUCUACUUAAUAAUACGCAGUGCACACAACCUGUUCGACAAAAUUCCCCACAGAAACAUCUUAGAUCUUUUCAUCCAUUUGAACAAAUCUAACAAGUUCGAUCAUUUCCCACUGCAGAAAUGGCUUCAAAAACCGCCAGCAAAGACAUCAUCACUCUCCGUGGAUCCACCGCCAUCGUCAGCGAGUUUUUCGGAUAUGCUGCAAACAGUAUUCUGUACAAUCGGGCUGUGUACCCGGAAGAAAGCUUUGGAAAAGUGAAGAAAUAUGGACUUCCUUUGUUGCUUUCUCAAGAUGAGGGUGUUAAGACCUUCAUUGCAAAUUUGAACACACAGCUUUCUGAAUGGCUGGAAGCUGGGAAGUUACAAAGGAUUGUUCUUGUGAUAAUGAGCAAGGCCACUAAUGAAGUACUUGAAAGGUGGAAUUUCAGUAUAGAGACUGAUAAAGAAGUUGUUGAAAAAGGAGUUUCAAGAGAGAAGAGUGAUAAGGAAAUCAUGAGGGAGAUUCAAGCUAUCAUGAGACAGAUUGCAUCCAGCAUCACUUACUUGCCAUGCCUUGAUGAACCCUGUAUAUUUGAUGUGUUAGCAUAUACUGAUAUGGAUGUUGCGGUACCUUUCACUUGGACCGAGAGUGAUCCGAAACUGAUUGCGAAUCCGCAGAUGGUGAAAUUGCAUUCUUUCGAUACCAAGAUUCACAAGGUUGACACUUUAGUGUCUUACAAGAAUGAUGAAUGGGAUGAGCAGUAAUUAGUAAAAGAUGUGGUUUUUUACUUUUUACUCAAACUUUGGUUUCUGUUGUUGUUGGUUCCCAAAGAUUGUGAUGUGAAUCAUUUUGAUUCACAUUUUCUGUAAGCUGCUUAAGAUAUAUGAAAUAUAAAUAUGGAAUCUUGUUCUAUCAUGGCUUUCAUGAAAA